CACGCUCGGGAUUGUGACGCAGAGGCACAAUGGCGGCGUCCGCUCUCAGAAUGCUUCGCCAGGUGGGCAGGCAGGUGAGCGGCUCGCAUGCAGCUGUGAGACUCUUGUGUUCACACACACACGGAUGUGAGACUGCCGCUGGUUUUCCUCCAUUGCAGAGCUGCUCACAGGAGGAGGCCAUGAUGAGAGACGCAGUGAAGAAAUUCUCUCAGGAACGCAUCGCACCGCUCGUGUCCAAGAUGGAUGAAAACUCAGCCAUGGACGCAGAAGUGAUCAGCUCUCUGUUUGAGCAGGGCUUGAUGGGCAUAGAGAUCGGAACCGAAUACGGCGGCACAGGUUCCACCUUCUUCUCGUCCAUGCUGGUGAUCGAGGAGCUGGCGAAGGUGGACCCGUCUGUGGCCGUGCUGUGUGACAUUCAGAACACGCUCAUCAACACCCUGCUGGCAGACCUGGGCACCCAGGAGCAGAAGGAGCGAUAUCUCCCUCGACUCGCCAGCGACACGGUCGGAAGUUUUUGCUUGUCAGAGGCGGAGUCAGGCAGUGACGCUUUCUCUCUGAAGACUAAAGCAGAGAAGCAGAAAGACUAUUACAUCAUCAACGGUUCCAAGAUGUGGAUCAGUAACGCAGAACAUGCCGGAGUGUUCUUGGUCAUGGCCAACGCAGAGCCCGCUGCAGGUUACAGAGGCAUCACCUGUUUCAUAGUGGACAGAGAAACAGACGGACUUCACAUCGGCAAAAAAGAAAAUAAAUUGGGUCUGCGAGCUUCAUCCACAUGUUCUCUUAGUUUCGACAAUGUGAAGGUUCACGAGAAGAAUGUUUUGGGAAAGAUCGGUCACGGUUAUAAAUACGCCAUCGGAAUGCUGAAUGGUGGCAGGAUCGGUAUUGCAGCACAGAUGCUCGGUCUGGCUCAAGGGUGUUUCGAUCACGCAGUCACAUACACCAGGCAGCGUGUUCAAUUCGGACAACGGAUCUUUGACUUCCAGGGGAUGCAGCAUCAGAUCGCUCAUGUGGCCACUCAGCUGGAAGCCGCUCGGUUGUUGACCUAUAACGCGGCUCGGCUGAAGGAGGCAGGACGUCCAUUCAUCAAAGAGGCCUGCAUGGCCAAAUACUUCACCUCUGAGGUGGCCACACUCACUACAUCUAAAUGCAUCGAGUGGAUGGGCGGGGUGGGUUUUACUAAAGAUUAUCCUAUCGAGAAAUAUUACAGAGAUUGUAAAAUAGGAACCAUUUAUGAGGGAACAACAAACAUCCAGCUAAGCACAAUGGCCAAGUUGAUCGAUCGAGAAUUUGACUCCUAAAUUCACCACCGACCCAUAGUGUGUGAAAUACUGUUCCUCAAACAACACUGUUCUCCAUCUCUCACCUCACAUUCUGGAUCUUUCUGCAGAUCAUCUGUUUUUUUUGUUGAGAUCUGUUACUAAUAUAUCACAAUGACAGUAAUAAUGUUGUAGGUAUAUUAAAAUAAUGAUUUCAUUUCUAAUCAUGUUAAUCUGUUAUGAUCAGUUUUGUGCCUGAAUGAUAAGAUGUUGUGACAUUAAGAUUGUUGUGAGGAUGUGAUCAUCUCUUUGUGUGUGUAUAAUAAAUGUGUUGUAGUGUGACAUGGACUGAUGUGUUUUCAGCAGCAGGUGUCAGUAGAGCUCCAGUCAUCUCAACAACUUUUGGAAGUUGAUUUGAACUCUUGAGCAUGAAGAAGGGUUUUGAUCUGGUCAGAUGUCUUUAUUUCGAAGACAAACACACUGUUCUGGCAUAAUGCUGCUGAAUAUGAGGUUCAUGAGACAUUGACAUAUUAUAAGUGCAUAUAAUACUGAAGCAUGUAGUAGAAUUUAUUAAAUUAAUAUAUCAUCAUCCUCUUUCUUAAUUUCAGUGUAUGUUCAUCAUUGGAAUGACUAAUCUACAGUCAUGUUUGUUAAUAAUGUAUGAGCAGACAUUAUUAUUAUUAUGUUAUUUACAAGGUAUUUUAUCUGUGCUUUUUCUAAAUAAUAAAAAUAAAGGAACAACAUGUAUUGUAAAGGUGAAA